AUUAAAACCACUUCAUGCGCAUUAUGUCUUCUUCUCUAUCAUUUCCUUUGCCAGCUCCAUCUCUCUCUCUCUCUCUCUAAAACCAGUCUGCAACUUUCUCUCUCUCAAAAUCAGAAACAAAAAAAACGAUGUCGUCCGAUGACGAAGGAGGAGAAGAGUAUCUAUUCAAGAUAGUGAUAAUCGGCGACUCUGCCGUCGGGAAAUCGAACCUUCUCUCUCGCUAUGCUCGUAACGAGUUCAACGCUCAUUCCAAGGCCACGAUCGGCGUCGAGUUCCAGACGCAGAAUAUGGAAAUCGAAGGUAAAGAAGUUAAAGCUCAGAUUUGGGAUACUGCUGGUCAAGAACGGUUUCGUGCCGUCACUUCCGCUUAUUAUCGCGGCGCCGUCGGAGCUCUCGUCGUUUACGAUAUUAGUCGUCGAUCCACGUUUGAGAGUGUUGGUCGUUGGCUUGAUGAGCUCAAGACACAUUCGGAUACAACGGUUGCGAGGAUGCUGGUGGGAAACAAAUGCGAUCUAGAAAGCAUAAGAGCGGUGAGCGUGGAAGAAGGCAAAGCACUAGCUGAAACCGAAGGACUAUUUUUCAUGGAAACAUCAGCUCUCGAUUCAACAAAUGUUAAAACAGCUUUCGAAAUGGUAAUCCGUGACAUCUAUACCAAUAUAAGCCGGAAACAACUCAACUCCGACACUUAUAAAACCGAACUAAGCAUGAAAAACAGAGUCAGUCUCGUUAAGGACGAUAAUAAAAGCUCCACACAAGGCUUUGGUUUCUCUUGCUGUUCUUCCUCGUGACCUGAAUUUUGAUCCCAAAUUAUUUUUCUUUUGCUUCAUUUGUGGAUUUUUUUUCUUUUGAAUUUUUUUCAACCAUAGAAAAAAGGGCAGAUCAUAUAGAUUCAAAAAUUGUAGUGUUUAUGUGUGGAUCGUAUAGUAAACAAUUUAUACGAUAAUUAUUUAUUGCAUAAUCUCGAUAAUUUCAAUG